AUGAGGCUGUCCACUUGGUAUCCUCACCCUGUCCCCUCCAAAAGUGAAAAGUCCAGAAAGUCCCUUUUUCCUACUAUCACGGUCAGUCACUCACAGACUCACUGUGAUUGCACUCAAAGCUCCUCCUUCUUCUUCUUCCACCUCCAAACUCCGAAGCUCUCUCUACUAGAGUCUCUCUCCACAUGCGAAUGUGAUCCCUCCAAAUCCCCGCAUUCUACAAUGUCGACGCUAUCUUCACGGCUUUUCACCAUCACUGACCAAUCAAAGCUCGCAUCUUCAUCCUCCACCUUCCUGUUCCCUCUAUUUCCCUCACAUUCUCGAAGCUUCUCACGGUCAUCGCGAUCAUCGAUCCUCUACGGCCGCACUCAUGUUGCCAAACCCAUACGCGCCUCCGCUAGCCAGCUGCCCUCCGCCGCUUCAUCUGUCACUGUCGAGAACUCAGAGUCCGAAUCCGACCCGUCCGGCACGCUCUUCGUGAUCCGAGCCCGAAACCGCAUCGGCCUUCUCCAGGUCAUCACCGGCGUCUUCAAAGUCCUCGGCCUCCACGUUGAAAAAGCUACCGUCGAGUUCGAAGGCGACUUCUUCGUCAAAAGAUUCUUCGUCACCGAUUCUCAUGGCGCGCAAAUCGCCGACCCGGAUAGCCUCGAUAGGAUCAAGAAGGCCCUGACGGACGCCAUCGAAGACGGUGGUACGGUCUCGAUGGGUCCCACCAGUCCCACCACGAGAGGUGUGAUGGUCCGCAGGCCCGGGUCGGGUUUGGGCAUGAGCUUGGGCUCCGAUAGUGCCAAGGCUGAAAGGAUGUUCAGGCUAAUGGAUGGGUUUUUGAAAAAUGACUCCAUUAGUCUGCAGCAGGAUAUUCUUCGUCACGUUGAGUACACGGUGGCCAGGUCCCGCUUUAACUUCGAUGAUUUUGAAGCUUAUCAGGCCUUGGCGCAUAGUGUAAGAGACCGGUUGAUUGAACGUUCGCAUGAUACUCAGCUUUACUUCAAGAGGAAAGACCCUAAGCGCGUAUACUUCCUCUCGUUUGAGUAUCUAAUGGGUCGUUCCUUGUCAAAUAGUGUCAUCAACCUUGGCAUUCGGGAUCAAUAUGCAGAUGCUUUAAGCCAGCUUGGUUUUGAGUUUGAAGUUUUGGCAGAGCAAGAAGGAGAUGCUGCCCUUGGUAAUGGUGGCCUAGCCCGUCUUUCAGCUUGCCAAAUGGAUUCUAUGGCAACUUUGGACUAUCCUGCAUGGGGUUAUGGACUACGUUACGAAUAUGGAUUAUUCCGCCAGGUUAUACUGGAUGGCUUCCAACAUGAACAACCCGAUUUCUGGUUGAACUUUGGAAAUCCUUGGGAAACAGAGCGGGUUCAUGUAACGUAUCCAGUGAAGUUCUAUGGGGUCGUUGAAGAGGAAAAUUUGAAUGGAGAAAAAUGCAAUGUUUGGAUCCCUGGAGAAGUGGUAGAAGCUGUGGCUUAUGAUAAUCCCAUACCUGGUUAUGGAACAAGGAAUACUAUUACUCUUCGUUUAUGGGCCGGAAAACCAAGUGAUCAACAUGAUAUGGAAGCUUAUAAUACUGGAGAUUACAUCAAUGCUGUUGUUUGCAGACAGAAAGCAGAAAAUAUAAGUAGUGUAUUGUACCCUGAUGACCGUUCAUUUCAGGGGAAGGAACUGCGAUUGAAGCAACAAUAUUUCUUUGUCUCAGCAUCCAUACAAGACAUAAUUCGGAGAUUUAAAGAGGCUCACAGUAACUUUGAUGAAUUUCCAGAGAAGGUUGCUCUGCAGCUCAAUGAUACUCAUCCUUCUCUUGCGAUAGCUGAGGUCAUGAGAGUGCUUGUUGAUAAAGAGCAUUUGGGUUGGAAUAAAGCAUGGGACAUUGCUUGCAAAAUCUUUUCGUUCACAAUACACGCAGUAAUUGCUGAAGGGUUGGAGAAAAUCCCUGUUGAUUUACUGGGCAGUCUUCUCCCACGCCAUUUACAAAUUAUAUAUGAAAUAAACUUUAAGUUUGUGGAAGAGUUGAAGAAGAGGAUUGGUUUAGAUUACAAUCGGCUAUCCCGAAUGUCAAUUAUUGAGGAAGGCGCGGUGAAGAGUAUCCGAAUGGCAAACCUGGCGAUUGUAUGCUCCCAUACCGUGAAUGGUGUUUCCAAAGUACAUUCAGAAUUGCUAAAAGCAAAAUUAUUCAAGGACUUCUAUGAGCUGUGGCCUCAGAAAUUUCAAUGCAAGACAAAUGGUGUUACCCAGCGUCGCUGGAUUGUGGUGAGUAAUCCUAGCCUGUGUGCUCUUAUCUCAAAAUGGCUUGGAACAGAAGCUUGGAUUCGUGAUGUUGACCUUCUAACUGGCUUGCGAGCAUAUGCAGCAGAUCCUGACCUUCAACAAGAAUGGAUGAUGGUUAGUUUAGAUGCAAUGUUUGAUGUGCAGACAAAGCGAAUACACGAGUACAAAAGACAGCUGCUUAAUAUACUUGGCAUUAUCCAUCGAUAUGACUGUAUCAAGAACAUGGAGAAAAGUCAAAGGAGUAAGGUUGUACCUCGUGUCUGCAUUAUUGGAGGAAAAGCUGCUCCCGGUUAUGAGAUUGCCAAGAAGAUUAUCAAACUUUGUCAUGCUGUAGCAGAAAAAAUAAAUAAUGACACUGAUGUCGGAGAUCUUCUGAAGUUGGUUUUUAUUCCUGAUUAUAAUGUGUCUGUUGCUGAAUUGGUAAUACCUGGGGCUGACCUUUCACAGCAUAUAAGCACCGCAGGACACGAGGCCUCCGGAACUGGAAGCAUGAAAUUUCUUAUGAAUGGAUGUUUACUCUUAGCUACAGAAGAUGGGUCUACUGUUGAAAUUGUUGAAGAAAUAGGAGCAGACAACCUGUUUUUGUUCGGGGCAAAGAUUCAUGAAGUUCCCAAAUUGCGUGAGGAAGGAUCUCCUAAAAUGCCACUGCAAUGUGCACGUGUUAUAAGGAUGGUUCGAGAUGGCUAUUUCGGCUUUAAAGACUAUUUUGAAUCUCUAUGUGAUACUGUGGAUGGUGGUAAAGACUUCUAUUUGCUUGGUUCUGAUUUUGAAAGCUAUUUAGAGGCUCAGGCUGCUGCUGAUAAAGCAUUUGCGGAUCCAAAUAAGUGGACUCAGAUGAGCAUCCUUAGCACAGCCGGGUCAGGGAGAUUUAGCAGCGACAGAACAAUCCGAGACUACGCUGAGAAGACUUGGGGAAUUGAACCAUGCAGAUUCCCUUCUGAUGGCUAG